AUGCCGCCCAAGCCCAAGACCGGAUUUGAGUAUGAGGAUUAUGAGGUCGAGUCCUACUUCAUCAACGUCGGUGUUGGAGAUGGUGCCGUGCAUCUUCUCCGCAAGGGCGGCGACACUGUUGGCUCGGUGCUGAUGGAUGGAGGCCGGCCGACUGCCCGUGGUGACUUGAAACUCGCAGUCGGCAAGCUCAUGAAAGACGAUGCCUCGCUAAGACGCAAGCGCUUCACCAGCAUUGUUGUCACUCACUGGGAUGGCGACCACUAUGGUGGUCUCCUGGCACUGCUGUACCACGACAUGGUCGGCUCACCCACGAAUGCGAAGAACUGGACCUACGUCGACCAGAAUCAGACAACCUUCUACUGCCCGGCAAGAAGCGUCAACAAGAUCGUCCAGCAGGGCUGGAAAAUCGAUGUGGGCGGCAACCAAUGCUACUUGAUGUUCCAAGACGGGAAGAAAGACGCGUGGUACCAGGCUUGUAAAGCCGUCUUCAGCACCCACUGCCUUGGCAUCGACCUCUUCACUGGCAAGCAUUUCGACAACAACGCCGGUAAUCCACCCAAGUUGAAAGACCCUGUCACGUCUCUGCUCGGCUAUUACGGAAAGUGCGCGGAACUGCAGAAACAGUUGUCUCCUGUGUUCCCCUGCAUCAGCGUCGAUGAGAAGUUCAUCAACGAAAAGUGGCGCGUUUUCGAAGAGGGCUGGAAGAAGAAGUCGGAUGACGCCAAGGAUAUGAAUGCGUCUUCCAUCAUGGCAGCGGUCGUCUGGCCUGUCCCGUCAAAUCAGAGUCCACUGCGCAUCUCGCUCUACACCGGCGGUGACGCCGAGGAAGUCCUGGAGAGGAGUUUCAUCGCCUGGAUGACGAAUGCUGCCCCCCCCGGCGUCAAACUAGACGCUGUCAAGGCCGGCCAUCACGGCUCGCACAAUGCCACCCCAGAGAACCUGCUCAUGUUCGAUGCCCAAGCCUUCAUUGUCUCCGCCGGGGACGAGUACGGCCAUCCAAGUUUCGCAACGCUGUUCUAUGUGUUGGCGGUAGCACAGUUCAAGAACAGUUUGGGGAAGGCGUUCCCGCAGGUACUGGGAACUCGAGCGCCGUACUGGAUGACGGCAGGGCUGGACACGCUGAGGAGCGCGGAUCUGAAUGUCUCGACCGUGCUGAGCUUCAAGGACGGGACCACCGCCAUCCUCGAUGCCUUGAAGAACAUGUCGGGAAAUGACAACAUGUUCUGGGACAUCGUAAGCAAGGCGGCCGCGGCAAUGAAGACAUAUUACAGCCUCUCCUACUCCAAGGAACAGUUCGAGAAGCUGCAGAAGGACUGGGCCAACACGGCGCUCGGGCGGCUUCCAUCCCAAUACUGGAAGCCGCCCGGCAGCAACGCCGGCACGGCACAAGCGGCUUUCGAGGACUGCACCGAAAUCGCACGGAACGGAGUCAUACUGAGGUGGAACCAAUUCGGUUCUCCGGAUCUGGCAGACCAGGAGACGGCUAGCUAUGUGCACAUGACGGCAACGGGUAAUUCCGGCGACGUGGUGUGCAGACUCGACUACCGCAAGGGCACGGCGCGAGCCACGGCCAGAAAGACCCGGCAGAAAGUAACAACGCCCAGGACGAGGACGAGGCAGACGUUGAAGCAGUACGACGCCUUGGUAAAGCAGUAUGCGGCUGCUAAGAACCCUGGUACUAACUCCGCCAACCUUGUCGCAAACAAGAACAAGGUUGUGAGAAGCAGCCUGAGAAUUAGAAAACAGAAAAAACGGCGCGGCCGGCGUGUUUUCCUCAUGGCCGCCCAGGCCCCGACUGACCCGCUGGAGACGUGGACCAGGGACCUGUUUAUCGACGAGUUCCAGGCCCUGAAGGGCCAGCCACCAGUCAAGCUGAGCGAAGAGAACUCAGACGUAUGCGAGUGGCUUCACAAGUGCUUCACGGAUCCGGAUGGUGGUGCUAGCGGCAAAGUCUCGGUCGAAGUCUCGUACUUCACCAGCACCGGCGCACCCGACGGCGGCAUCGGUCUAGAUCAGAUCGAACUCACGGUCACGUUCCAAGACGCUGCUAACAAGCCCGUGCUUGCUUUCACGACGGCCGAGACGAGUCGAAAAUCGCAGUUCGGGCCAGCUGCCGUGGAUGGCGCGGUAAAGCCGACACUGCCGGGGUAUUACAGCUCGCUAUGUGGCAUGUUGUUCGCCUUGGACCCGGCCAAGUCUGCUCGCACGCUCACCUUCGGGCAGUUUGCUCAAGUCAUGCAAUUCCCUCUGCAUAAGACGGCGGCCCAGCACCUCAACGAUCUCCCUCUAAAAGUCCGCGCCGCAGAUGGAGCCCGCUCCGGUCUGUGGUUCAUCCCAGACGGGGAUAACCGCGUCAUCUUGCGUCUAGCCAUGGAACCCGCUCUUGGCGAUAGCAAAUCGCCGGUCGGCGAGCUGCAGGCGCUUCUGAAGGACGGCCUGGGUCCUGUGAGCUUCGCAAAUGUCGUCGUGACGGGAACAACCGUCUACGAGCUGCUCCUCGACACCAAUGUCCAGAUCACAUCGGCGCUGGAUCUCGAAGCAACGCUCAUGCUGGACGAUCCCAAGGACCCUCUCCAUGAGCUGGGAGCGUCGCUGGAGGGCUCCAUCAGGCUGUCGCUCUCAGAGCAUGGCUUCGAGCUCGUGUUUAAGUUUGCCAAGGCAUCGGGAGACCUCGCGAAGCUGCUGAAGAUCUUCCUGGCCAGGUUUUUUGCAGGGCACGGCGCUGCUGAUGAAAGCGGGUCCGCGGACUCUGCGGUAGCCAAAAUCGAGGACGCGUUGAAGACUGUCAUGCCCAAGAACAACAUCUAUAUUCGCACCGUCUCGGUUGUCUUUGCCGGCGAUCAGAAUACGAAGCCGGCACCGGUGUCUUUCACGGUCGGCCUAGAGGCUGGCCUGCCAGUCGGUGAUAACCAAGGCCCGCCCAAUGCCCCCUUUUGGGUUUCGCUUCAGUGGAGUGACGGCGUCUUUCGACUGUCGGCGGAGCUCUGGGGCAAGGCCGAAUCGUUUGGAGACACACCCCUCGACCUCUACCCUUACUACGACAGCUUUGUUCGCUUCGACCCGUGGACAGACAACUCCGUCGAGACCAUAUCAAUCCAGAAGCUGAUCGGUCAAGGUAGCCUCACGCUACCCAAAGGGAUCCCCGACACGAUAGAAGAGGCCCGCAUGUCGCUGGCGUACGGCGACGGCGACGGCGACGGCGACGGGAACAUGACGGUAGGGCUGGCAGCCCGCCUGCAAUGCGAAAGCGACCCGCCGAGUGCAAAAGAUCAAGGCGAUGUGCCGCCGCUCUGGUUCGACGAAGUACAGCUCGACCUGGCCCUAAGCUACACGCCGGGUUCUACGCUGCCAUCGGCCUUCUCCGUUCAGUUCAAUACUACUAUCGAGCUCCAGCUCGAUGAUGAGCACAAGGAUCCGGAGACGGACAGGUUUGCGUGCAUGUACGCGCGGAUCAGUUAUGAGACCGGCGACGGCGGAGCCCACUGGAUAGUGGCGGGCGACGUCCGGAACAUCAAGGUGGCCAACCUCUUCGGCCUGUUCGCUGCCGAUGGCUCUGGCCACGCCAUCCAAGACAUCAUGGCAGGCCUAGUCAUCGAGAGAGCCUCUGCGUCCUACGAGUACGACAGCUCUGGCCUGCCAUCUACGCUAGGCUUGAGCGGGACAUUGCUGCUCGGCCCGCCCGACAAGUUCACCAAGAACGGCGACGAGUUUGUCAGGAUCGACAACUCCACAAAAAGGCUGAGGCUGGCUCUCACGUACACCCACAGCAGUGGCACGGACGGCAGCUGGUCCUUCGGGGCCAAGCUUGCCUCCGCCGCUGCCGACGGCGGCAACAACAAAGUGAACGUCUCGCAGCUCCUGACGGGACUCGUCGACGACGUGGGGUCGCUGCCGACGGUUGCACAAAACCUCGAGGUGUCGCCGUCCGAGUUGUCGCUGGACCUCUCGUGCAAGAGCGUCAAGGGCGUCGACGGGCAGAAGCACGCCAUCUUCGCGGUCUUCAUCGCCAUCAACACCAGCUUCGUGAUAACGUACGCCCAGGUUCGCAGCUACGGGGACGAGGCAAAGAAUCCCCCGCCGCUACAGCCGCCGGCCGGGUAUGCGCGCGCCGGCCGGCUGCUGCGCUUCUCGCUGGCGGGCCUGCCCGCAGUGCCCAAGAUGCCCGUUGUUGGGUCCGUUGCGCCUCCCUUCGACCAGCUGGGCAUCGUUUGGACCAACCGCGAGAUCACGGGGCCCGAGGUCGACGUGCUCAACAACAACGUCUUCCAGGGCCCGCUGCGGCUGCUCGUCAAGCCGAACAAGCCCGACCCCAAGACGGGCCCGGCGCCACCCGUUGGCCUUGCGGCCGGUGUCCACUUCCAGGUGGCGGCGCUCGAGCAGGGGCAGGCGCAGCUCGUGCUCGACCACGUGGUGGGCGGCGCGCCGUCCCCGCCGCCGCCGCCGCCGCCGCAGGGCGGAGGGACUGGCGGGGGUGGGCCGCAGCCGAGUCCUCCUCCGCAGCCGGGUCCCCCUCCGCAGCCGAGCCAGACGGGCGGCAGCGCCAAGGAAGUCGGCCCGCCGGCCGAUGCGGGCACGUCCGUGGCGCCAAUGGCCAAGACGGCCGGUCCGCUCUCGAUCCGAAACAUUGGCCUCUCUAUCUCGGGCGCCUCGCUCAGCUCGGUGUGCGUGUCCCUCGACGCCUCGGUUCGCCUCGGCCCCGUUUCCUUCGAGCUGAUGGGCCUAACACUCACCUUUGAUCUGAGCGGCGUCCGGCACCCGGACGACUUCAAGAGCCUGCACCUCGAGCCCAAGCUCGCGGGCAUGAGCGUGGCCUUCGAGAAGCCGCCGGCGCGGCUGGCCGGCACCUUUGCGAGCUUCGACCACGGCAACUCGGCCGGCUUCAUGGGCGCCGUCGCUGUGUCCAUGACUAGGUGGUCGGCGCUCGCGAUGGGCGUCUACGAGGAGACCAAGACGGAGCCCUUCACCAAGUCGCUGUUCAUCUUCGGCGUGCUGCAGGGCCUCAUCGCCGAGCUCGGCUGCGCCGAGAUCAACGGCCUUAGCGGCGGCUUCGGCUACAACUCGCGCCUGUCACUGCCGGACGUGAGCGGCGUCCCCGGCUUUCCCUUCAUCGCCCUGGCCAGCGACACCCCGUCUCAGGUCGACAUCCUGCAGCGUCUCGCCCAGUUCCGAGACGGCUCAAACGCCAUCGUCUCAACAGUUCCGGACGAGAUGUGGUUCGCCGCCGGUCUCCAUUUGAAGGCCUUCCAGCUCGUGGACGUCAAAGCCCUCCUCGCCGUCACGCUGUCCGCGGAACCCAAGUUCGCCAUCCUAGCCGAAGCCCGGGCCGUAUUUCCCAAGAACCUCAAAGUUGACGACGAGAAGGAGAAGGCAGACCCGCUCGCGCACGCCUUCCUCGUCGUCGACCUGGCCAUGGAGGCCGUCGUCGACCCGCUGCACGGCACCGUCCUCGUGCUCGGGCAGCUGAUGCCGCCCUCGUUCGUGCUCCACCCGUCAUGCCAGCUGACGGGCGGCUUCGCGCUGGCCUACUUCCUGCCGGGCUCGGAGCACGCAGGCGACUGGGUCUGUACUGUCGGCGGCUACCACCCGCACUACACGCCGCCGGCGCACUACCCCAACCCACCGGGCGGCCGCGUCGCCAUCGCCUGGCAGAUGGACGCCGACCUGCACCUAACGGGCGAGGCCUACUUCGCGCUGACGCCACAGGCGGCCAUGGGCGGUGGGCGGCUCGACGUGGUGCUGGACCGCGGCUGGCUGCGCGCCGGCUUCAGCGCCUACGCCGACUUCUUCAUGCACUUCCACCCGUUCGCAUUCGAGGCGGACGUCGGUAUCGCCCUCUUCGCCAGCGCCACGUUCCGCCCGUUCUUCAUCACCAUCCACCUCGGCCCGCUUGAGCUGUCGGCCGACGUCGCGCUGCGCGGCCCACCCAUCCGCGGCGAGGCCCACGUGCACGUGUGGCGCUGGGGCGUUGACGUCGUCUUCGGCCCCGCCGACGCGCACGCCUCGCCGGCCCUCAAGCUCGACGAGUUCCUCCGCAUGGUCAAGAACGUCACCGCCAGCGUGCCGGACGCAGGUGCGGCGGCCGUGCCGAACUUCGUCGUCUCCGUCACCGAGGGCGCCGUAACGCUAGCGGGCGGCGCCGGCUCGGCGGCGUCGGGGCCUACCGAAGUGCUCAGCUCACUUCUGCGGUUCGAGGUCGUCACGCGUGUGCCUGUACGCUCAGCCGUGAUAGGAGACGCGCCGGAGCAGGUGAUCAACUCGCCCGGGACCAGCCAGCCGAUCAAUGUCUUUGCGAGGCCCACCCAAAACAAGGAGCCGUGGAAGACGUCGCAGCUCGUCAUCAGCCUGGAGCGGAAUGGCGUCAAAGAGCCGCUCGUGCCCACGCCGCUGUGGAAGAAUGUGCCUCCCGCACUGUGGGGCGAAUACACGGGAAAUCCCGGCGACGACACCGCCGACCCACAAAAGACACCGCUCCUGCAGCACGUCAUGGGCUAUACCAUCAGCGUGUGCCCCAAACCCCCGAGCCCGGAUCGUCUCCCGGCCAUCUCGAUAAAGCAGUUCUGCAUGCUCGACGUCGACAAGUUGGGGAACGUCCCGAUCCCCCACAUCAACCCCGUCGAGGCGCUCGCGGACGACGACCGCUUCGUGCUGGGGACGCCCCGGGAGGUUCGGGCCGGUAUGGCCGAGGCGGCGGGAGAGCUGCUCGGCAAGGCCCGGGACGGCGCAGUGCAGGCGUGGACGGCGUUCAAGAAGCGUUCUUCCGGCGGAGGAGCCGCCGAGAUGGCCAGCCUGCCCAUUUUCGCCAAGGCGGCGCCGCCGGUAGGGAAAUAG